AUGUGCCUUUGUCUGCCCUCCGUCUCUGGAACAGGAAGUGCAAACACCUCAGUCGUGUUUAACAAGAACGGAGACGCCCCGGGACGCUACGACCUUUUCCAGUUCCAGAUGAACAACCUGUCCGGGCCCGAGUACAAGGUGGUGGGCCAGUGGGUGGAGAUGCUGCAGCUGAAGGUGGAGGAGCUGCGGUGGCCCGAUGGCGACCUGGACGUGCCCCUCUCCGUGUGCAGUCUGCCGUGUAAGACCGGGGAACGCAAGAAGAAAGUGAAGGGCAAACCCUGCUGCUGGCACUGCGAGCUGUGCGACGGAUACCAAUACCAGUUUGACGAAACCUCCUGCCGCCUCUGCACCUACAACAUGAGACCCAACCCCAAUCGGACUGCCUGCCAGCCCAUCCCGAUCAUCAAACUGGAGUGGCAUUCUCCCUGGGCUAUCAUCCCUGUCUUCCUGGCCAUGCUGGGAAUAAUUGCUACUAUUUUUGUCAUGGCAACGUUCGUGCGCUACAACGACACGCCGAUAGUGAGGGCGUCUGGGCGCGAGCUAAGCUACGUGCUGCUAACUGGUAUAUUCUUGUGCUACAUCAUCACUUUCCUCAUGAUUGCCAAGCCGGACGUGGGCGUGUGUGCAUUUAGACGGAUCUUUCUCGGGCUGGGCAUGUGCAUAAGUUACGCCGCCCUCCUCACCAAAACUAACCGCAUCUAUAGGAUUUUUGAACAAGGAAAGCAGACAGUCACCGCUCCCAGAUUUAUUAGCCCCACGUCUCAAAUCGCCAUCACUUCAAGCCUCAUAUGUGUGCAGCUCUUAGGCGUGUUGGUAUGGUUUGCAGUGGCCCCUCCGGACACGAUUAUAGACUAUGACGAACAGAAAACUGUAAACCCAAUGCUGGCUCGUGGCGUCUUGAAAUGUGACAUCACAGACCUCCAGAUCAUCUGCUCUUUGGGCUACAGCAUCCUGCUCAUGGUCACGUGCACCAUAUACGCGAUCAAGACCAGGGACGUACCAGAGGACUUCAAUGAGGCCAAGCCCAUCGGAUUCACCAUGUACACCACCUGUAUAGUCUGGCUGGCCUUCAUCCCCAUCUUCUUCGGCACGGCUCAGUCUGCAGAGAAGCUCUACAUCCAGACCACCACUCUGACCAUCUCCAUGAACCUGAGUGCCUCGGUCGCACUGGGCAUGCUCUAUAUGCCCAAGGUCUACAUCAUCAUCUUCCACCCGGAGAUGAACGUGCAGAAGAGGAAACGCAGCUUCAAGGCCGUGGUCACCGCCGCCACCAUGUCGUCACGCCUGUCGCAGAAGCCCAGCGAGAGGCCCAACGGAGAGGCCAAGACCGAGCUGUGCGAAAAUCCUCCCGUGGACCCCAUGAGUCAAGCAACCAAAAAGACGUAUGUGAGCUACAAUAACCUCAGGAUCUGA